AUGGAGGCUUCUAGCAGUAUACCAAAAAAGGAUGACUCCAGAGGAGAUAUCAUCACUGGCAUCCCAGCAAAGGGCAAACCUCGUCUGCUGCUCAUGGGCCAGCGAAGGAGUGGAAAAUCUUCAAUCUCCAGUGUCGUAUUUCACAAACUACCUCCAAACGAGACGUUAUUCCUAGAGUCCACAGCAAGAAUACAAAAGGACUCGAUGGCCUCAUUUAUGGAAUUCCAAGUAUGGGACUUCCCUGGGCAGAUCGACGUCUUUGAAACUCCAAAUUUUGAUAUGGAGGCCAUCUUUGGCGAAAUCGGUGCCCUUAUCUGGGUCAUUGAUGCGCAAGAUGACUACCUAGAGGCAGUUGCGCGCCUCAACACCACAAUCUUGGCCUUACAAGGAAACUAUCCCAACAUCAACAUUGAAGUCUUUAUACAUAAAGUCGAUGGCUUAUCAGACGACUACAAGCUUGAUAUCCAGCGAGACAUCACCAUCCGCAUCCAGGACGAGCUGUCGGACCACGGCUUCGAGAACGCGCCCGUCACCUUCCACCUCACCUCCAUCUACAACCACUCCAUCUUCGAGGCCUUUAGCAAGGUCAUCCAGAAGCUCAUCCCACGACUGGGCACGCUCGAGGCCAUGCUGACCAAUCUGUGCCGCACGUGCCGCUUCGAAAAGGCGUACCUAUUUGAUGUCAUGUCCAAGAUUUACAUUGCCACGGACAGCGCGACGGCCGACAUGGCCAGCUAUGAGAUCUGCAGCGACUACAUUGACGUCAUCAUCGACAUCACCGAGGUCUACGGCACCUGGCAGCGCAGCGACGAGAGCCGCAAAAAGCUUGAGGGCGACCCGCUCAACAUGAAGCUCGAGGACCAGGUCGGGUGCGCCACGGCUGAGAGCUGCCUCGUGCUGCACGACAGCAACAAGCCCAUCAUGCUGCGCGAGGUCGAUCGCUACCUUGCGCUCGUGGCCAUCAUGACGGACGACUCGUACGAGAAGAUGCCGCUGGUGAAUAUGAAUGUCGAGACGGUCGUCGAGGGCAUCACCGAGUUUUUCAACAUUACAAAGCCAAAAACGCAGGACCAGCAGUAG